UCCGGUUAUAUUUACAUAUAACACAAUUUCCCAACUCAUAUGGAUACGGGGUUUGUACUUGUGUUGUUGUUUCUCAUAAGGAUUGUGAACGAUUCCAAAAAAAAAAAAAAAAAAAAAAAAAAGUGCAAUCCCCCUUUAAGCUUCGUGUUACACUUCCAUCCAUCCAUCCUUUUGAUUUGUAUUAUACAGGUUUUGUCUGUCAGCUCGAUAGACAAACUUUAACCAAAUAUUAAGACAUGUUGCUGGAGUUGGUUGUUGGUAUGACCUGAAAGAGAAGAACUUCACAAUAUUUAUCGUUUAAAACAUGCGGAAAUGUAACUGUCAGAGUUGCUACAUUAUAUUUUGAAGGAAGUAGACAGGCUUUGAAAUUUGUGUCUACUUUACUCGCUUUAAACUUAUUAUGACUCUUUAAGAAGCUGCCGCAUGCAUGUAUCUCUGUCCAUGGUGCUGAAAUCAUUGUCACCUUUUCUUCCGUGUCUUUGAAACCAUUUUGUUCAGAAUAUCAAAUUCAAAUCAUCUUGACUUUACAUUUGUGAUAGAGUAUUCUUGAAUGUUUUUAAAACAAAUAUUCAUUUUUAUUGAUUUAGUUAUGUACAACUAGAAUUACUUUUAAAUAAACCAUCAUGAAUUAACUUUAAAAAAAAAAAAAACAUGAUGUAUGUCUAUGACAAUCUUACUGAUAUUAUUUCAAUCACACAAGCUGCAAUGUCGACAACUGCACUCUAGGGGUCAGUAUGCACUAAUGAAAAAAAAAUUCCCUAUUUCCCACCCAUUCACAUCAACACACGUACCAGAUUUUAGUAUUUGUGUAGCUUCGGUGGAAACGCUCGGUAACACAUCUGUCCUGUAAAAGGCUUUGAAUAUCCGGGGAGACUAUAACAAUGUUGUUCUAGAGUGAGACAUUUUUUUCUUAUAAUUUUGUUACAAUGGAGGGCAAAAGAUUAGCGCCAUUAGGCUACAGCCUCGCCUUUUUUUUCUUCUUCCUCCACACCAUCAAUGGAGAUGUGAGCUACUCUAUCCAAGAGGAGAUGAAACGUGGAUCUGUCAUUGGAAAUAUCGCCAAGGAUUUGGGACUUAACUUGGACCAUUUUUCUGCUCGUAAGGCACGCAUUAAUCCUGAGGGUAACAACGUUCAGCACUGCGGCAUCAACCUCAACACGGGUGACUUGAUUGUUCAGGAGAGGAUCGACAGAGAAGGGCUUUGUGGCAAAAAGGCUUCAUGUGUUCUUAAACAAGAACUUGUGCUGGAAAAUCCAUUAGAGCUGCAUCGUAUUAAUAUCCGUAUUUUAGAUAUUAAUGAUAAUUCACCACAGUUUAACGAGGAUUCAGUUAAAUUUGAAAUCCAGGAAUCAGCGGUGAAGGGUGCUCAUUUCCUUCUAAGAGAAGCACAUGAUGGAGACAUCGGUGACAAUGCUGUUCAAAGCUACACUUUACAACAGAAUGAUCAUUUCAAAUUAAAUGUAAACACUAAACCAGGUGGACGGAAGUAUUGUGAAUUGGUCUUAGAUAAAGAAUUAGAUAGAGAAGAUAACAAAGACAUCAUGCUCUCGCUGACUGCAUAUGAUGGCGGCUCUCCUCAGAGAUCAGGUACAGUAGUCAUACAUGUCACUGUGCUGGAUGCUAAUGAUAAUGUACCAGUGUUUAGUCAGACAGUCUAUAAAGCCAGUCUGCCUGAAAACUCUCCUCUUGAUACAUUGGUGAUCACAGUGAGUGCAAGUGAUGCAGAUGAAGGAUUAAAUAGUGAAAUUGCAUAUGCAUUUGAUCAUGUAUCUGAUGACAAUAUUAAUGUAUUUACAUUGCAUCCUAAAACUGGAGAUGUUAGAGUGGCUGGUGUUGUUGAUUAUGAGAAAAUGUCAUCAUAUGAAAUGCAAAUAAGCGCAAUUGACGGUCUAGGAUUGAUUUCAUAUAGUUCUUUGAUUAUUGAAGUUAUUGACACAAAUGACAAUGCUCCUGUGAUUAAUUUAAACUCACUGUCUAAUACAGUAUCAGAGAAUGUGCCACCUGGUACAGAGGUGGGCAUUAUUAAUGUUCAGGACAGAGACUCUGAACAGAAUGGACAGAUCCACUGCUCUAUUCAGCAAAAUGUUCCCUUUAAGUUAGUUUCUUCUAUUAAAAACUAUUAUUAUCUGGUGACUACUGGACAACUGGACCGUGAACUAGUGUCUGAUUACAACAUUACAAUCAGUGCCACUGACGAGGGCUCUCCUCCUCUGUCCUCCUCUAAAAGCCUUCACUUAUCUGUAGCAGACAUCAAUGACAACCCACCUGUGUUUGAGGAACAGUCCUACAGUGCAUAUGUGAGUGAAAAUAACAAAGCUGGCUCCACUUUAUGUUCCGUUAGUGCUCGAGAUCCCGACUGGAGACAGAACGGUACCGUGAUUUAUUCUCUGUUAGCCGCUGAGGUGAACGGUGCCCCGGUGUCCUCCUAUGUGUCUGUUAACGGAGACACAGGUGUGAUCCAUGCUGUCAGGUCAUUUGAUUACGAACACUUGAGGAGUUUUAAAGUCCACGUCAUGGCCAGAGACAACGGUUCUCCUCCACUGAGCAGCAACGUGAGCGUCAGUGUGUUCAUAUCAGAUGUGAAUGACAACUCUCCUCAGAUACUGUACCCCUCCCCAGAGGGUAACUCCUUCAUGACCGAGCUGGUCCCCAAAGCUGCACAUGGAGGCGCUGUAGUGUCCAAAGUGAUAGCGGUGGACGCAGACUCCGGACAAAACGCCUGGCUGUCCUAUCAUAUAGUCAAGUCCACUGAUCCGGGACUUUUCACCAUUGGUCUCCACAGUGGAGAGAUCAGGACCCAGCGGGACAUUUCUGAAUCUGACAGCAUGAAACAGAACCUGAUUGUGGCAGUGAAAGAUAACGGACAGCCCCCUCUCUCUGCCACCUGCUCCAUGUAUUUACUUAUUUCUGAUAACUUGGCUGAGGUACCAGAACUGAAGGACAUUUCUUAUGACGAGAAUAAUUCCAAACUGACGUCUUAUCUGAUCAUCGCGCUGGUGUCUGUGUCCACCUUCUUUCUGACCUUCAUCAUCAUCGUCCUGGGUGUGAGGUUUUGUCGCAGGAGGAAGCCCAGACUGUUGUUUGAUGGAGCAGUUGCCAUCCCCAGCGCGUAUCUGCCUCCUAAUUACGCAGAUGUUGACGGCACAGGAACUUUACGCAGCACCUACAACUAUGACGCCUACCUGACAACCGGUUCUAGAACCAGUGACUUCAAGUUUGUGUCUUCUUACAAUGACAACACGCUGCCUGCUGACCAGACUCUGAGGAAAAGUCCUUCUGACUUUGAUGAGAUGUUUGGAGAUACUCAAGGCUCCCCUGAGGUAUGAGCAACAGCCAUAUUUCAUAUUUUCUAAAACCAUGCAUUCAUACAAAUUGUUGGUGGUUACUGCUCAGACUUAUGGAUAAAGUGUUUCACUCUGGGUUUUUUUUUUCAGUAUUUAUUUUGUAGUGAUUAGGAAACAAGUGUUUCCAUUGGAUGAUUGAUUGAUUUAUUUUGUAAUAGUUUGCUUAAUUGUAACAGUACUAAAACAUUCAAUCACUUACUAUUUUGAUUAUCUUUGCAACAAAAGAGAUGUUGAGAUUUGUGGCGUAAUAUAUGGGUCUUUGAAGU